AUGGCUUCAACCGAGUCCCAAAUCACGUCCCUUGCAGAAAUUAACCGCGUCUUCUGGGAUGCGGUCGCCGACGCGUUCUUCGAACAAGACUGGCUCAAGGCCUUUGCCGAGCAGCUCGCCCGCUUCCUCGGCACCCAGGCCCCGAAACUGGGACUCCGGCCACGGGACCCGGCUAGCCCCGUCCGUCUCCUAGACUACGCCUGUGCAUACGGGGGUGAGUCUUGGGCCCUCGCCGCCUUCGUCGACGAGAUCCUGGGCAUCGACAUCGCCCCCGCCAUCGUAGGCCGCUUCAACGACUGCGCCGCUCAGCUGGGAUACUCGCCUGCCCAGGCCCACGCCGUCGCGGGGGAUCUGGCGACAGACGGGUCGUUAGCCGCCGAGGGGGGCUUCGAUGUUGUCGUUAUAUCAAUGGCACUGCACCACCUCGACGACCCAAAGGGAAUGCUGGGCCUGCUUGCGCGGCGGCUGAGGCCCGGGGGUGUGCUGAUUGCCGUGGAGGCCGUGGAUGCCAUGGAGGCAGCAGCGGAUGUGGAAGAUACGGAGGGCCACGAACAGUCCGAGCACGAGGUCCUCAAGACCACCAGCCGGCACGUCGUCUUCGACAAGAAGCUGUUCAAGGGAUGGUUCGAGGCGGCUGGCUGCGGCGCGGGGGGUUUCGUGUAUAUCGAGAACGAGGAGGUUAGUCACAUCCCGGAGAAGAUUGCCGGGAGGCCUGGGGGGCUGGACAGGAGGAUGGUCAUCGCUGCUUCGGUGAAAAGCGGUUAG